AUGGCUUCGACUGUGAAAGGAGAUGGGCCACGUGAAGAGACCAAGUUCGAAUCCGGUGUUCCACCUGAAUUACCUGGCCGUCCAAGUUCUCUCACGUUAUCGGAUAUUCGUGCGAGAUCAGUUCUGCUCAGUUUCGUGCCGGGUUUCGAUGGCCAUACAGCUAUUCGACAAUGGAUUGUUGAAGCAAAAGUGGCCGAUUCCAGUGUUUUCCAGGUCAUCUAUAACGUAAGUGCUCCCAAAGCCCGAUCAAUCACGGUGGCUGGCCUGCGGCCAUACACCCGCUAUCAAAUGCGUCUGAUCGCAGAGAAUGUCAGAGGACGGGGUGCACCAAGUGAACCGUCAAUUGCACAAAACAGACGAAUCCUGAAACGCCAACAUCACGUCUUUUCGCCGAGCCACUUACGUCGACCUCAUUGUCCUUUGUCGUGGACACCGUUGUUGGCGAAUCAGUGGAAUGGACAACCAAAGGGCUAUUUAAUCCUCUACAGAGAAAAUGGUACCGAGCACUGGCAUGAAAUCCGGAUACCUUCAUUACGUGCCAGCGACUUCACCCUGCGUGAUCUUCAACCGUACACGAGCUACGAAGUGCAACUUUUCGCAGAGAAUAUGUUCGGCCGGAGUGCGUCUUCUGGAACGUCGGAAGCAAGGACCUACGAGGGCAUUCCAUCAGGAGCUCCUCGUAAUGUGCGAGCAGAUGUGGAUAACAAAAGAGCGGUCAUAGUGCGCUGGGAUCCAGUCGAUGAGGAUCAAGCCAACGGCCAUAUAAGGGGCUAUGAGGUUUGUUUGUUUGUUUGCACUUGCAGGAGGUUUUUUUUGGGAAUUAUCCUAAGAAGCUCUUCAUUAGUACUAUGGGUUCUAUCGAAGAGAACCACAUUUUCAUGGGAAUGUGGUAAAUGGGAGGUAUAA